UCCUGGGACUCUGCGCCUCUUCUAACCCCGUCGUUCCACCCGGAGGAACCCCGGACCUGCCCCGUGGACGGACUCGGAAAAGCAGAGUUUGCAAGCCGAGCAAGCAGCAGCACCUGCCCAGGGCGAGCGUGAGAGCUGAUGUAGGGGCACAGUCACUCUUGCCCUCGACGCCUCUUUCUUCUCUUCAGGUUAAGCUCGUGCCGAGCGGGGAGAAAUGUAUCAGAGCUUGGCGCUGGCCCAGAGCCCUGGCCAGGCCACCUACGCCGACUCGGGAGCCUUUUUGCACGCUCCGGGAGCCGGCUCUCCGGUGUUCGUGGCUCCCACGCGUGUGCCCUCCAUGCUGCCCUACCUGCCUGCGUGCGAGCCGGGCUCGCAGCCUCCCGCGCUUGCCGCGCACUCUAGCUGGACUCAGGCAGCUACUGCCGACUCCUCAGUCUUCGGCUCCGGAAGCCCGCAUCCGCCAGCCGCACACCCACCGGGAGCCUCCACCUUCCCGUUCGCACACAGCCCCCCGGGGUCCGGCAGCGGCGGCAGCGCGGGGGCCCGGGACAGCGGCUCCUUCCAGGGCGCGCUGCUGGCUCGCGAACAGUACCCGACCCCGCUCGGGAGACCCAUGAGCUCCUCGUACCCCACAACUUACCCGGCCUACGUGAGUCCCGACGUAGCCCCUUCGUGGACCUCCGGACCCUUCGAUGGUAGUAGCAUCCUGCACGGUCUGCAGGGCCGCCCUAGUGGCCUCCCUGGCCGACGGGCCACCUUCGUGCCUGACUUCUUGGAGGAGUUCCCUGGUGAGGGCCGGGAGUGUGUCAACUGCGGAGCCCUGUCUACACCGCUGUGGCGCCGUGACGGCACCGGGCACUACCUAUGCAAUGCCUGUGGCCUCUAUCACAAGAUGAAUGGGGUCAACCGGCCACUGGUGAGGCCUCAGAAGCGUCUGUCCUCAUCCCGUCGAUCCGGCCUCUGCUGUUCCAACUGCCACACUGCCACCACCACCCUCUGGAGGCGUAACGCUGAGGGAGAACCUGUGUGUAAUGCCUGCGGCCUCUACAUGAAGCUCCACGGGGUGCCACGGCCGCUUGCAAUGAAAAAGGAGAGUAUCCAGACAAGAAAAAGGAAGCCGAAGAACCCUGCCAAGAUCAAGGGUUCCUCAGGGUCCACAGCAAACACCGCAGCCUCUUCUCCCACUCUCGUCAACGCUGAAGGCUCAGCAGCCACUUUGAAGGCCGAGCCCAGGCUGGCAUCCCAGGUAUGUGCUGGGCCCUCUGUCUCCUCCCAGGCCCCCUCCAGCCCAGCGAGUGAACCCCUGGCCCCCAGUCAUUUGGAGUUCAAGUUUGAACCUGAAGACUUCGCCUUCAACUCCUCAUCCCUGAGCCCCCAGGCUGGCCUGGGUGGGGUCCUGCGUCAGGAGGCCUGGUGUGCCCUGGCCUUGGCCUAGGUGCUCAGGAAACUGCCACCAUGGUGGUUCCCAGGAACAGAGACUGCCAACCUGGCUCUUAGAACAGGAGCAGAGACAAAGGGGUCCCAGGAACAAAGGUUAGCCUCUGAAGCAGCAGCUCCAGGGGUCCCUCACCACUGUGGAGGGGAGUUUUUUGCGCUGACAGCCUAGAGGAAGAAGAGGUCUGGUAGGACUUGAAGGCUCGUCUGGGACAGCAAUGGAAUCCCCAGACCUCUCGCGGGCCCCUCUGUAGCCGAGACGGCUGCAGAUACCCACCGAUGACUUGAAUGCCAUCGACGGUCAACAUUUAUAGUCUGUAGCAGCUGGCAAAGGUUCACAGCAUCCCACAGUAAAAUCUGAUCCAAGGGAAACAAACAGAGUCCAGGCCGGCAAUAAGGAAGAGGCGACCCUGACACAAGGCCUUUGGGGUCUCACAUUCUUAACAUCCCAUAUCUGACUCUGCGGGGCUGAGUGCUUUCUUGACAACGAAUGCAGGACUAUGAAAGACCGAUGUGCAGAUUGAGCACCGUAGCAAGACCCCGCCCCAAGGCAAACCAUCCCUCUGGCCAUCAUCGCAGACUUCUGUAUUUAUUUGUAGGCUUGUUUCCAGAGAGUGCAGUAAAAGGCCUUGUUCUGGCCAUCUGUAUACUAAGGCUUUUGCUGAUGGGAAGACCCACACUGAGACACUAUUGGAACUGGGUGACAUGUGGCCUCGUGACCUGGCUCAGCUAUCAUUCAAGCAGUUGUUAACACGGCUCUUUGCAGCAUCUUCUUCUACCAGGUCAUGGCAGCUGGCUGUGGACUCUAAGGGGUGCAGGUCAGUUCUAGGGCCCCAGUACAGGGAGGUGGCAGGCAGUGAAAGAGAGCGGAUGUUCUGUAGGCCACACCCCUACAAGGUCUCAGCUCUUCUGGCUACCUCCUGGCAUUUCCAGGGUCCCACCCCCAGGUGUGGAAAGUGGCAAGUAGAGGAGUUAAGGGGUCACCUAACCAUGAAGACCACCCCUACGUCUCCUGUGUGGACCCUUGAUCCUUCCACCUAGUUCAUCUCGAGGCGGAGACAGUGGACCCCAGUUAGAAGGAAAGCAGCGGGUAGUAUCCUGUAGCGGCUAUCACAGGGCCAAGGGCAAGACAUGCUCCUGUCACUGGCCCUGAGUAGGUAUACCUCACUAUCCAUGCGUCUGUGGAAGGCAAAGCCAGCAGCCUA